CCGCCCUCUCUUCUUCCCCUGUGUCCCGCCAAUCCCUGCUCCUCCCGCUACGGCCGAGCUCUGCGAUGCCCCGCUAUGAACUGGCUUUGAUCCUGAAAGCCAUGCAAAGGCCUGAGACUGCAGCUGUGCUGAAGCGCACUGUAGAGGCUCUCAUGGAGAGAGGAGCCAUUGUGAGGAACCUCGAAAACCUGGGAGAAAGGGCUCUGCCAUAUAAAAUCUCCAAGCACAACCAUCGCCACAGGAGAGGAGGGUAUUUUUUGGUAGACUUAGAGGGCCCACCUUCAAUUGUAUCGACCAUGAUGGAUCAUUUAGGACGUGAUGUUGAUGUAAUUAGACGUGCUUUUAUAAAGUAUCCUGUGUCAAAGACAGAAGAAUGCAGUGGCAUAGUCAACUAUGAAGACAAACUAACUCCCAAGAAGAAAUGAAUACUCUAAAUCACAUGUUUGAAACUUUUAGGUGAUUUUUUUAGUCCUACUUUUGAAUACAAUUUUGAUAAGCAAUGUCCAUCAAAAAUAAUCAGUUUUAGCUAUGUUAUGUGUAUGGAAUAAUACGCUUAAGUUAUUGUAACAUUGGAGGUUUCUUUUAAAAUUGUUUAAAUAACUUGAGUAGAAUUAAUCUGUAUGCUUAUCUUCAUGUUUGACAGCUCUGAAAAUGGAUUUUCUUUUCUCUUAGAAUAUUACAUUGAUAAGAUUUAUCCAUCAUCACAACACUCAAAAUAGCAUUCUUUUCCAAAGACAGAUUACUUCAUAGUAUGCAUAUUUACAUUAGAGAUUAAGAAGUCUACAGUGUAAAUAUAGCACAAUAGUGUGUGAUCUGUUUGAGGAUUUUUUUGCUUGUUUUUUUGGGAAAAGGUAAUAAAAGUGUGAUUAAAAAUAAAACUUGACUCAUUUUUUAUGACCAGAAAAGGUACAAAAAGAAAUGACUCAUGCUGCCAAAAGACAUGCCAAACUUUUCUUUAUGGUCAUGUGAGAACUGUGUUCAAAGUACAGGUAAAGAGUUACUCUGUAUACAAACACCAACUGGCAUGUGAGAGAAUGACCAUAGUUGAGUUGAGUGAAAGAAGAAUAAAAGACGUUUUGUUUUACCAUCAACUAAACCCAGACUGGACAUUGGAAUGGAGGAAAAUAUAUGUAGGAUGGAUGUUCCUUCCACACAGGUGUGAGCUUAGCCAGGAGGAGCUGUGGGGUUGUAAGGCUGUGCUGUGGGGUUGGAUUCGUGUGCUGCCCUUUCUGCUGAUCUGCUGAGAAUUGAGGCUAACAGCAUAUGAAGCACAAACUACAAAUAGAAAACUACAUAAAAAUGUGUUUUACUCAAGUCUCUCAGAAGUUUUUCUUAGUGGGACAUGAGCAGAAACCUGUAGCCUAAAGAUUCCCAUCAUCUUUCCUCAUUUCAGUCUUUUGAGAAAUGAGUGCUUAACUCUUUUUGGUCACCUACCUAUUCACAGAAUAAAUUGGUGUUCUGCAUGUAAAACAAGGCAAAGUUCUCCCUUGUGUUACCACCCGUACAAGCUUUUCACCUACACCUCCCUCCACUCUUCCCCCCCUCCUAUUUUUGUUUUGUUUUGUUUUGCAUAGGUGCACAAAACAAGUAUUUGUUGGUAACUUGAGUUUUUUUUAUUGUUUAAGAAAAAUUGCUUUCAAGUCUAACAGUUAUCCUCUGGCUAGGAAUUUGGGCCCUGGAUUUCAUUUCAAU